AACAGCGCUUUGGGUUCAACCAUUAAUGAGAACGGUUAGAUAAUUCGACACUUUACUUACCAUUGACACGGAAGGAAUGUAAUUGACCAUAGAUUAUGAACAAUAUAGCAUAACUAAUAUGGACUGUACAUACAUGAGCUGUUUUUGUUAAGUAUUUCUAUCUGUUUGAGAUUUUAGAUGAUCGCAGUGUAUUGUUUUCAUCCCCGCGCACGAACAGAGUUGGCGUCAUCCAAUAGUAUUGAAGGCAAAGCUGGUAUAGCAGUGUUUGUUUCCACAGAGAGCCAGUAGCUUUCCAGCGGAUUUGAGCAACCGUUGUCGCACCAUUUCACAACGGUUUAUCUUCACACUUUCUUCCCGUGAUUGAAUAACCGACAGGCGGCCUGCGCCAUGGCUCUGUGCAGGAAUGUCGGGGCCAUGGCUUUACCGAGCGAACUCAUUGUCCACAUAUUCUCCUUCUUAUCCGACAGAGAUAAGCUUCGGGCCUCGUCAGUGUGCUCCCGCUGGAGGGAGUGUCUAUUUUACCCAACGCUUUGGACGGAGCUCAAACUGCGUGUCGGUGGAUGCUCAAACAGCGGGGGUUCAGUUUCCGAGGAGACCUCGAGAUUAGAAUUCCUUACCAGAAAGUUCGGAUCUUUUGUGCGCGAACUGGAGUUCUCUCCGGUGUUGGCAUUGGACGAAGUGGAGGACAGGAUGGAGGCGCCUACAGGAACCAACCCUCAGUUCUCCGACCCAUGGAAAUACGCAAUGACCACUUAUCUGGACCAGGUGUUGUGUGUGCUGAGCAGUAUUCGGAACAACAGGAAUCUGCAGAGGCUGAGCCUGUAUGGGGACACCUGCAUUCUGCAGGAGGAGGUGUUCAUGGACAGGUCCUAUCUCAACCAGGUCGAUCAGGGAUGCAAGAAGAUCAAGGAGAUCCAGCAGUUGUUUGAGGAGGUGCUCUCCAAUAGCCGUCAGAUAAAGUGGCUGUCCUCCGCCUUCAUGUUGGGAAUGCUGACCCCUUCCUCCCUGGCCUCCCUCUCCAACCCCAGUGCUGACUCCCUGGAGCACCUCAGCCUGCUUGACAACCAGCUGCCCCCCCUAGCCCCUCCCUGCGAGCUGGCCCGCCUCACCCACCUACAGUCCCUCGGCCUCGACUUCUGCGACUUCACCUCCGAGAUGUGCCGUCUCCUGGCCGCCCCCGACCGUGUCCCUCUCCAUCGCCUCUCCCUCCUGCUCAACGGCGACGCCCCGGAGGCCAAGCCUCUGGAGGGCAUAGCCAGCGAAGAGGACUGGAAGGGGCUGGUCCGCCACACGUCCAACCUGCGUGUGUUCAUGAUGGGGCUGGAAGUAGGCACCCAGGUGCUGCUCCAGGCGCUGAAGCCCAGCAUGCCCCUGGAGCGCCUUCACCUGGACUGCUACUGCACCCUGGUCAGCGAGGAGGCUCUGGAGCUCAUCUCUCAGCAGUACAACCAGACGCUCAGCCACUUCCUGCUCACGAGGGACAACGGAAGCUUCCCUGAUCUGGGCAUGAACAGGAAUGAGGACCCGCUGGUCCUGCUGGCCUGGCGCUGUGUGCACCUGACCGUCCUGGUCAUACAUGGCUACACCGUGUGGUCCCACAACCUGGUGGCCAUCUCCCGCCUGCGUGGGUCCAACCUGAAGCUGCUGGCGGUGUCCGAGGAGAGCAUCGACUUUGACCCUGACCAGUCCGUCUGCAUGGAGGGCGACCCAGUCCACAACCUGGUGAAGGAGGUGUCUCUGGGGCUGGGCCGAGUCUGGCACCCCAUCUCAGACAUCAGCGGGGGCCUCUCCGACACCACCCUGCACUUCCACAGCCAGCUGCAGGCCUUCAGCACGGGCAUGUAGGCACCGCCAUCCAGGGGCCACACCCACACCUUUUAAUCACACACCCUUCCAUUGUCACAGCCCCCGUUCAUCUAACAACCCCACCUCGAUGAUCCCCAGCUCAUUUGCAUACUCAUUAGUUGUUUUUUCUUUCUUUAUUUUUUGUUUUUCAUUUUUCCUCCUCUACUUGUAGAGUGAACUAAUGCUUUGUAUGUGCUGUGUUUAUAACCAGUAUUGGAUCUCUAUAUUUAUAUAUAUAUAUCUCUAUAUAUCCUGCUCAUGGCUAGGAGG